AUGGGCCGUGUAUUUGUGGUUGGUGUUGGAAUGACCAAGUUUGAAAAGCCUGGAAAGGGUGAGGGUGAUUAUCCAGAUUUUGCCAAAGAAGCUAUCACAAAAGCAUUGCAGGAUGCACGAGUUAAAUUGAGUGAAGUUGAACUGGCCACUGCAGGAUAUGUAUAUGGAGAUUCAACUUCCGGCCAAAGGGCAAUCUACGAGGUGGGCAUGAUUGGCAUUCCAAUUUUUAAUGUUAAUAACAACUGCUCAACUGGAUCAAGUGCCCUUAUGCUUGCCAAAGAGAUGGUGGAAUCUGGGAAAGUAAGUUGUGCCUUGGCUGUGGGUUUUGAAAAAAUGGAAAGAGGCAGCUUAACUUCAAAGUUCAUGGACAGAUCAAACCCAAUGGAAAAACAUGUAGAAAUUAUGUGUGAGUUGUCUGGAAUGAACGAAAGUCCCAUAACUGCACAAAUGUUUGGUAAUGCUGGUAUUGAGCAUAUGAAAAAAUAUGGCACAAAACCCGAGCAUUUUGCCAAAAUUGCUUAUAAAAAUCACAAGCACUCUGUCAACAACCCCUAUUCACAAUUCAGAGAUGAAUACACUCUUGAACAAAUCAAAAAAUCUCCCCAAGUUUUUGGGCCAUUGACAAAGCUUCAAUGUUGCCCCACCAGUGAUGGGUCAGCAGCUGCCAUUUUAGCUUCAGAAAGUUUUGUGAGGAGUCAUGGCCUGGAAAGUCAAGCAAUUGAAAUUAUUGGAAUGGAAAUGGCCACAGACACCCCUUCAUCAUUUGCUGACAGUCACAUGAAAUUGGUUGGUUAUGAUAUGACCAAACGCGCAGCUGACCAACUUUUCAGGAAAGCCAACAAAAACCCCAGCGAUGUUCAAGUUGUAGAGUUGCACGAUUGCUUCUCAGCCAACGAAUUAAUUACCUAUGAAGCUCUCGGUUUGUGUCAACCAGGUGGUGCAGGUGCUUUAAUUGACAGUGGAGACAAUACAUAUGGCGGAAAGUACGUAAUUAAUCCCAGUGGAGGCCUAAUUUCCAAGGGACAUCCACUUGGGGCAACUGGUUUGGCUCAGUGUGCUGAAUUAACAUGGCAGUUAAGAGGUCAAGCUGACAAAAGACAGGUGCCUGGUGCCAAGUUAGCACUGCAACACAACAUAGGGCUUGGAGGUGCUGUGGUGGUAGCACUGUACCAACAUGGCUUCCCCCAAUACCAAAACAAACAACUGGCGAUGAGAAAAACCGCAGCUGUCUCAAGUCCUGAAGGUUUCAUAGUGACACCUUACUUGAAAAUACUUGAACAAGCUAUGCAAGAUGAUGAGGAUAAGCUAAUUGAAAAACACAGGGGAAUUUAUGGAUUUAGAGUAACCAAAAAGAAUGGAGAUGAAGGAUUCUGGGUGAUAAAUGCUAAAACUGGAAAGGGCUCAGUUGAAUUUAACUCAAAAACCAAACCUGACGUUACUUUUAUUGUAAAAGAUGAAGAUGUUGUCGAUUUAAUUACCGGAAAAAUUAAUCCUCAAAAAGCAUUCUUCCAGGGAAAAGUAAAGAUUCAAGGAAACAUGGGACUGGCUAUGAAACUGACAGAGCUUCAACGCACUGCCGCCAAAAAGAUCACAGAUUUACGUUCAAAAUUGUAA